CUAUUGAAAAAAAAAAAAAGCAUCGAAGUCUUCAUGGCAAUCGAUCCGCGCUCCGGCUACUCCCCGGCGACCAAAACGUUUCACAGCCUUCGCCCCGCCGUCGCCUUCCCACCCGUUUCCCAACCCCUAUCCAUCACUGCGUACGCCGUUUCCCUCCUCCCAAACCGUCUCCCCUCCCACCCAGCCUUCAUCGACGCCUCCAACAGCGUUUCCCUCUCGUAUCCCAACCUCGUUUCCCAGAUCCAUUCCCUCGCCUCGUCUCUCCAUUCCCAUCUCGGCAUCUCCGAAGGGCACGUGGCAUUCAUCCUCUGCCCAUCCUGCCUCGAGAUCCCCGUCCUCUACCUCGCUCUACUCUCUCUCGGCGCCAUUAUCACUCCGGCCAACCCCGCCUCCACGCCAUCGGAGCUCUCCCGCCUGAUCGACGUCGCCGUACCCACCCACUUCUUCGCCACGUCAUCAUCUUCUUCCAAGCUCCCCCGCCACGUCACCCCCAUCCUCAUCGACUCACAUGAGUUCCGAUCCUUCCUCGAAUCCGGAUCGCCGUUAUCGGAUCCGAUCGAGAUCCGGCAAUCGGAUCCGGCGGCGAUACUCUUCUCCUCAGGCACCACCGGCCAUGUUAAGGGCGUUUUGCUGAGCCACCGGAACAUCAUAACGGAGACGAUCCCCUUCAUCUCCAUCCUCCGAUUGCAGGACCGUCCUCAUCCGACGGUCCAUAUGCUGACAGCGCCGCCGUUCCACGUUUACGGAGUGGUGUUCUUAAUUAAAAGCGUCGUUGUAGGAGAGACGACUGUGAUCCAGACGGAGCGUUUCGAUCCCGAGAAGAUGAUCGGAGCCAUCGAACGGUUCGGAGUGACGCAUCUCGCGUUAAGCCCUCCUGCGCUGCUGGCGAUGGUCAGGGUUUGCGAGCAGGUCGGUGAUCGGAGGAGGGGUUUGGGAUCGCUGGAGGUGGUCAAUUGCGGCGGCGCUCCGUCGCCUCCGGUGCUAAUCCGGCGGUUCAACGGCUUGUUCCCCAAUGUGGCAUUCCAACAGGGAUAUGGAUUGACGGAGUCCACCGGUGGAGUGUUCCGGUGUUUAGGGCUGGAGGAGAACAGGCGCGUGGGUUCCUGUGGGCGUCUCGCAGCGCAUUGUGAAGCAAAAGUGGUGGAUCCGGAGAGUGGAGUUGCUUUGCCUCCUGGAAAGCCUGGGGAGCUUUGGAUCAGAGGGCCAACUAUUAUGGCAGGAUAUGUGGGUGAUUCAGAAGCAACUGCUGCAGUUUUAGACUCUGAGGGAUGGUUGAAAACUGGUGACCUUUGUUACAUUGAUGAGGAUGGUUUUCUCUUUGUGGUUGAUCGAUUGAAAGAAUUGAUCAAAUGCAAAGGAUACCAAGUCCCUCCUGCAGAGCUGGAACAGUUGCUUCAAGAGCAUCCAGAUAUCACAGAGGCAGCUGUGGUUCCAUACCCUGAUGAAGAAGCAGGUCAGAUUCCCAUGGCCUUCAUUGUAAGACAAUCUCAUAUCACUCUCAGUGAAGCUCAAGUCAUGGACUUCAUUAACAAGCAGGUUGCCCAUUAUAAGAAGAUAAGGCGUGUUAAAUUUGUGAAUUCCAUACCAAGGAAUGCUUCAGGCAAGAUUUUGAGGAGGGACUUGAUAAAGCUGGCAACUUUAACAUUAAGCUCGAAGUUGUAGUUUGGGCUUGCUCUAAAAAGUACAGAAUUAUUACCUCAUUAAUAUCAUUAUCGUUGAAACACAAGAUUUUAUGGAAUCUAUGGCCAGAAAGAAACAAUCACAUUUUUAAGUUGCAUGCUCUUAAUCCACUCCCAGUUAUUUUCAAAAUUA